UGUGGCUGGGGAUGUCCUCGUAGUGACACUGCUGCCUCACCAGCACUUACACCUCUUCACCAGAACAACACAGACCACAUCUCACCAGCUUACUGAACAACAUAGACUAUAUCUCACCAGCUUACUGAACAACACAGACCACAUGGGCCAGCGUAGUUCCCAGCCUCAGCUCUACCCUGGAGACAUUGUGGAGUUUCCCCGAAAUAAGCAUUUCUCCCACUUUGGGGUCUAUUAUGGAGAGAGAGACGGAGUUUCCUAUGUGGCUCACCUGACCUCACGAGACUCAGAUGCCAGGUUGCUUCUGUUUGGCCGGGCCAUGAAGUCCUCAGUGAAGGUGGAACCGGUAGAGCUGGUGGGGAAACAUUACAAAGUCAGCAACUACCUGGAUGGCACACACGCUCCGCGGGAUUUCUACACUCUGGUGAAACCCGAGAUUGACGAAGCCGUGGGAAAAACAUUCACCUAUGACAUCCUGUUCCACAACUGUGAACAUCAGGCCACCCUAUACCGCUACGGCCUGAAGAAAUCUGUACAGAUUGAAAAGAUCUAUGGCCAGAUUUACCCAACUUGGAAAGAGCUCUUUGAAAAGAAGAAACUGUAAGCAGCAGUAGAAGAAAGAGUCUCUAACAUAUUAUUUUUGUGUGGAAGUUACUGUGCUAAUGCUUUCUGUUUUUCCUUUUUGGGCCGCCAAAUGGCGGAACUUCAGUUUGUAUUUCUGUUCGCUCCCUCUUUAGUUUCCCCGGUGUUAAUUGUAUCAUUGUUUUCAAUUAUUCAAUCAUUGUUUCUGUUCGCGUCUCCUUAUCCCUUCCCUGUCUGGUUUGAUUGUGUAUUGUGCUCACCUGUGUCUUAUUAGUUGCCUGUCUAUUUAAGUUCUUUGUUCCCCUGACUCGGGUGCUGGUUCCUUGUGUUUCUGCCUGUGUUUCUGUGUGCAUUCUUGCCCUGCCGAUGUUCUGAUCUGUGUUUCUUGUAUUUAGAGAAGUUCUACUGUUUUCGUUAUUGAGGAAUUUUUGAGUUUUCAUGGUUUUGCCCCUCGUGGCCACUUUGUUUGUUCCUGAGUUUUUUUGUAAUUAAAUUCUUUGUGUGAAUUUUCCUUUUUGACACCUCCUGAGUUCUUUUUGCAUUUUGAAUUUGGGUCCAUUUCCCCGAAAACCCUGACAAAAUGUCCAGAUUCACAUUCACAUAGCUGACCUGAGGAACAGGAAGCAGCAAUGCAUUAUGAGUUUAUAUAUUCACACAUAGAUACCACCCAAAGCAGUGACACCACCACAGCAGCCCUGCAUUGCGCAUGUGUCUGUUAUGAGCACCAGUACUGGAGCCCCCUGAUGAAACCAAAGCAAAAAUAAAAAAGCUUCAACUGAUGGCACA